AUGUUUUUGUUCGAUGACAGGGGUGAUCCAAUGGCGUACGAGCAAUACUGGAAGAAGAUGGAUGACAAGUGUAAGGUUGUGAUCACCGGUUCGCAGUUGAUGAGCUAUCUGAGCGAUCCCAGGAAGGUGUGCUGGUUUCUGGAGGCGGAACUUGAAGAGGCAAUCAAGAAACUGCAUCGUGUGGUUGGGAACGCAGUGGUGGACGGUCGGCAUAUCGUGGUGGGGACAGGCUCUACGCAGCUCUAUCAGGCUGCGUUGUACGCUCUCACAACCCCAGGUGGGCCCCAGCCCAUCAGUGUGGUGUGUGCUGCUCCUUACUACUCGCAAUAUGAGCAGGAGACAGAUUACCUACGAUCAGGGCUAUACAAAUGGGCAGGUGAUGCGUAUGCGUUCGACAAGGAAGAACCAUACAUAGAGGUUGUGACAUCGCCAAAUAACCCAGAUGGUAGCAUCCGUAAAGCCGUGGUGAAUAGCACAUCUAAUGAAGGGAAGCAUAUUUAUGACCUUGCUUACUAUUGGCCUCAGUACACAGCCAUAACUGCUGCUGCUGAUUAUGAUAUCAUGUCCUUUACAUUUUCCAAAAGCACCGGACAUGCCGGUUCUCGAAUUGGGUGGUCUAUUGUCAAGGAUGAGGAGAUUGCUAGGAAAAUGACAAAUUUCAUCGAGUACAGCUCAAUUGGUGUAUCCAAAGAUUCACAACACCGAGCUGCAACGAUCAUGGGAGUGAUUUACAAUAGCUACCAAGAUAUCAAGUCCGAUAGCACCGAAAACUUCUUCGAAUUUGGUCAUCGACUAAUGGCCGAAAGAUGGUCGAGGUUAAGAGAAGUUGUGGCAAUGAAUGGAUUUUUCAGUCUUCCCAAGUUCCCAAGAGAAUUCUGCCUCUUCAAUGGAGACUACACUGAAUCUUAUCCUGCAUUUGCAUGGUUGAAGAUCAACGGAGACAUUGAAGACUGUGAGAAGUUUCUGAAAGAAAAUAAAAUACUGAGCAGAGGUGGGAAACGCUUUGGGUCUGAUCCAAGGUUUGCUAGGGUUAGCAUGCUGAGUAGGGAGGAUGUGUUUGAAAAUUUCCUUAAUAGAUUAUUGACUAUCAAAGGGAUUCGUAAUGGGCAUUGAUAAAAAUAUUAAUAUUAUUAUUUAUUUAUACAUUUAUUUCUUUGUUUGCCUGCUUGUCAAGAAAAAUACUAGGGUUUUUACUAGCUAGGGUUAGCAUGAUUGUCAAG